AUGGACUGGACAGGCGUGGCGGAAGAGGGAGAUCUUCAGCUGUGCCUUGAAUGCUGGCAGCGUGUUCUGCUGUCACUGAUCCUCCUGCGGUCCUCUUCUGCAAACGGCCCCAGAGUGGACGCAGCAGCAGCAACUACGCAGGAGCCUCUUCCAGGCAGAGCGAGAGCCGAGGACCCGGCAUUCCUGGCCGAGAAGCAGCAGCGGGAGCAGCUGGCGGAGCAGCUGAGGGCCGAGAGGAGGAGCAAGAAGAAGGAACACGAACUGGUCUUGCGAAGGAUAGCCGACGACCGGCGGCACGUCCAGGUGAAGGCGCAGCUGACCCAGGCAACCCCCUCUGCCCCACAAUCGCCAUCGGAGGACGGAGCGCAGCAGCUACAGGAGCAGCCCCCGGCCCCUUCCUCUUGGGAUGGGCAAUGCCUCCUAAUGAUCCGCCUCCCUUCGGGGGCCUCCGUCCGCCACCGCCUCCCGUCCGACUGCCCCCUGGAGACCCUCCUGCGGCGCCUCCUGCUGGACCACCCGGGCCUCUCCCCCUCUGCCUCCUUCCUCCAGACCUUCCCCAAGCGGCACUUUGGCCCCGCCGACCUCCCCUCCUCCCUCCAGGCCUUGGGCCUGACCCCCAGCGCCACCCUCUGCCUCCUGGAGCCCCCCUCCCCUGGGAGCCCCCCAACUGACCCCCGGGCGCCCCCCAAGGAGGAGGGAGAGGGAGGGGAGCUCCGCCCAAUGGGGAGUGCGGCCCUGGUCCUUCGUGACCCCUCCGUGCAGCUGCCACCGUCGCCACAAGAGGAAAUUCCAGAAGCCCCAGACGUGGCUGCCGCUGACCACCAUCGCUGGGGCCGAGGCCAGAAGCUGGAUGCCUCGGAGGAGCCCAUGGAUCAGGGCCCUUUGGAGCUUGCCGAGGAGGAGGAGCAGGAGGCAGCAGAGCAGGAGCAGGACCUGUUACCAGGUCUCCCACCACCGCUGGAACUUGGCCCAAGGGGUGCGGCGGGCUCUGGCCACCACUGGCCCGCAGAAGGCAACCGGCUGAGGGCUGCAAAUGAGGGAGGGUCCGGAUCUCCCUCCUUACCUUUCGCAGUGGCCCAGGCUGCGGAACAGCGCCUCCAGCAGGCAGCCGCUCAGGGAGCCGAGGAGGAAGAAGAGGGGGAAGAGGGGAAGGCGAAGACCCCACCAGGCCGCCCCGCCUCUGCGAUACCGUCCCUCGUCCAGCUCUCCCUGCAGGGGACUGUGGCCCUGCUCACAGCCCCCCGCAAGCAGUACUGCCGCAGCCUCUCGGCGCUGACCCCCGUCCUGGCAGAGCAGCUCCUGGCGCACCUGGCGAAGAGGUCCCUGCUGAGCCCCCGCUCCCUGCGGCUCUUCUUCGGCUGCCCCCUGCAGCGCCUGCGCCUGGACUGCUACCCCUUGGCCACCAACGCCCUCCUGCAGCAGUUGAGCGCCUUCCCCGGACUCCGGCACCUCAGCCUCGUCUCCUGCGCCGUCAUCACCGACCAAGGCCUGUCUGCCCUGCCGCACCUGACCCACCUCCAGCACCUCAACCUCUCCGCCUGCGUCAAGCUCACAGACAACUGCCUUCAGUUCCUCAAAGGGCUGCCGCACUUGUCUCACCUGGCGCUGGACCAGACGCGGGUCACGGACCGAGGCCUGGCGGACUUCCUGCCCUCGGCACCCCCCUCCCUGACCCACCUGAGCCUCAACCGGACGGGGGUCACGGAGCACACCCUGGCCCUGCUGCCCCGCCAUGUCCCCCAGCUCUGCCUCCUCAGCAUCAAGCAGACGGGCAUCACGGAUGUUUCAGCCUUGCGGCACUUGGGGGCCCUGCAGGCGCUGCAUCUGGACGGGACCCCCGUGAGCGAGGCCUCCCUCGGGGCCCUCUCCACACACCCCUCCCUCUCCAGCCUGACCCUCCAUGGAGUCCAGUCGGUGGACGGCAACCGGGCCCUUGAGCUCAUCUCAGGUCUUCCCCUGGCGCACCUCGCGCUGCCCUCGCGGCACACCGUCACAGACAAUGGGAUGGCUGCCCUCUGCCGCCUCUCUGGCCUCCUGGAGCUGGACCUCACGGACUAUGCCCACAUCUCUGACGCAGGGCUCCAGCAUCUGCCCCAGAUGAUCAGGUUGCGGCGCCUCUCUCUCUGCAACACGCAGGUGACCGACGUGGGCCUGAGGCAGGUGGGGGCCCUCUCCGGCCUGGAGGAGCUGGCCCUGGACCGGCUGAAGGUCUCCAGCGCAGGGGUGGCACGCUGCAUCAUCCGCCUUCCCCACCUGCAGGUGCUGAGCCUGGCUAGUACGCUGGUGGGAGACUCGGUGGCCAGGAGGGGCCUGGCCCACUGCAAACACCUCCUCAAGGUCAACCUCAGCCGGACGCGCCUCUCUGACCGAGGCCUGCGCUUCCUCCGCCAGCUGACCCUGGUCCAGCUGAACCUGGACGGCUCCGGAGUGACCGCCGUUGGAGUGGCCGCCCUCCAAGCCUCCUGCCCCUCCCUGGUCAGCGUCCGGGCCAGCCACCUGCGCCCCUUGGCCCCCGAGGAGCUCUCCGAAGAGGAAGAAGGGCCCGGAUAGACCCCCGGAAAACGGCUUCCUGGGGGCUGCUUCGCUCGCUGCCAAAGAAUGGGUCCCAGCUUGGGAGGUGUCCUUCUGCCGUGCGGAGGAGGCACCCUUCCUGCUGGGUCUGCCUGGUGUCCUCGUGCAGGAGCUUUAGAAGGAGCCCCAUUCUCUGAGGGGCUUGAGAGGCAUAAUGGGGGGCGGAAGGAGGGAGAGGUCGAAUAGGGGGCGGGGUGCCCCUGAUGCCUGCUUGUGGUGUGUGCCUUAAUCUUUCCCAAUAAAAAUGCAAGACAGGC